GACUUCUCUGUAUCCAUGGACUGCAUCAUGGACAUGAAGAGUUAUCAGAAAAUUAACCACUUCCCAGGGAUGAAUGAGAUCUACAGGAAGGAUCUACUGGCCAGGAACAUGAACCGGAUGCUCCGACUCUUCCUUAAAGAGUACAACAUCUUCCCCAAAACCUGGUGCCUCCCUGAAGACUACAUUGAAUUCCAAGGUUACUGUCGGGUGUGGAAGCACAAGACGUUUAUCUGCAAACCUGACAAUGGUUGCCAGGGCAAAGGGAUCUACAUCACCCGUCAUCCCCGGGAUAUCAACCCUGAGGAGAACAUAAUUUGCCAGAACUACAUCUCCAAGAUAACCAUUGAAGGUGUUAAGUUUGACCUCCGCCUGUAUGUGCUGGUGACAUCAUGUGACCCACUGAGGAUCUUCUUGUACAACAAGGGACUCAUGCGCUUUGCCACCACCAAGUACAUGCAUCCUCACACAAACAACCUGGAUGACGUCUACAUGCAUCUCACCAACUAUGCCGUCAACAAGCACAACAACUUUGACCGUGAUAUAGAGACAGGCAGUAAAAGGAAGCUGUCAACCUUCCGGUCGUGGCUAGACCAGCACGAUUACGACAGCAGUAUGGUAUAGGACGUGGUCAUUAAGACUCUGAUUGCUGCCCAGCCGACCCUGAGGCAGAACUACCUCAUAGGCUUCCCUAGCCAGCUGGGGCCCAGAUCCUGCUUUGAGAUCCUGGGCUUUGACAUCCUGCUAGAUGCCAAGCUCAAGCCCUGGCUCCUGCAGGUGAACCACUCCCCCAGCUUCGCCACAGACUCCCAGCUGGACUGGGAGGUGAAAGAGGCACUGCUGACCGACGCUCUGACCUUGCUAAACCUGGGGGCCAUCGAUCACAGGAGGAUUCUGGAGGAGGACAAACGCAUGACCAAGGAACGCCUCCUGCAGAAGCACCAGCCCUGCCCCAAGGCACGGAGGAAGCAGUUGCUCAACAGCCAGGCAUCAUGGAUGGCUGAGCUUGAGAGGUAUGAGCAGGAGCACUGUGGUGGCUUCUUCAGAAUCUACCCCAGAGACGACUCCAACAAGUAUGACAAGUUCCUCCAGCAGUCUGGGCCACUCUGCCAGGAGACCUUGGGCUCCAAAGCCAGGAAGGAGUGUGCCAGGAAGAUGUUGAGGGAGAUGCAGAUGAAGGAGGAGCUGGGCGGGCGCAUGCGUUUGCCGGGGAAAUGGUGGUGCUUCGGCGAGGGUUUAGGCCGGCAGUGGGAGUCGCCGGGUGAGAGAGGCAGCAGCCACAGAACAGUUGACAAACAUGAGGUGGGUCCUGGGUGCCAGGUUGUGGUAUGGGACUCGAGUCGGCCAGGGCUGAUCGUGGAGGAUGAUGAGCUGGAGCGUCAGCGGGGCCUGGAGCAGAGGGAGAGCCUGCUCAUAGCCCUGGGAGGGGUGGACAUGGUCUACAGCUUCCUGCAGCCCGGGGUCACCCGCAGCCACAGCGUGUUCAAGAGGGUCCCCUUCCCCCAUGGCCAUGGAGGGAUAGUUGUGCUGGAAGCUGGCACAACCGGACAGCGCUGCCUGGGGAUGUGA